AUGCGACAACAUCAUCCUCCACAGUCUAAUCAGUCUAGCAUGGAAGAUCUGAUAAAGGCCUUUAUUAUUAAGACAGAUAAGAGGCUUGAUACCAAUGGCUCAUCUAUCAGAAAACUGGGCACGGCCUUACGAAACUUAGAAAGACAGGUUGGGAAACUAGCUAAUCUAUUGUCUGAGAAUGUUCCAGGAACUCUCCCUACGAACAUCGAAAGGAAUCUAAAGGAAACAAUAAACAUACUAUCUUUGAGGAAUGGCAAAGUAUUGCAAGAUCUAUUGGUAGCAGAGAAUAAUGAGUUGAUGGAAAAUCAAGUUAAGAAUGAAGGAGAGCAGAAAAGUGAUAAGUAUCGUAAGAAUGAAGUGAGGGCAGAGCAAGAGGAUGAUCUGAAGAGGAAGAACAAAUCUGAGGUUCCAACAAGGAAGAAGAAAGAAAAACAAAGAAAUAGUGUCCAAAAAGCAAAAAGUGAAAGAGACAUCGAUUUUCAAGCUUACAGUGCCAUUAGUCAAAACAAGCUCCUUCAAAAGUGUGGAGACCGAGGGAGUUUUAAUAUACCUUACUCUUUAGGAAGUACUAAAUUUAGCAAAUCUUUGUGUGAUUCAGGUGCUUCUAUUAAUCUUAUGACUUUGUCUAUAUUUAGGAAAUUAGAGGGACAGAUUGGAGAAAUCAGGUCAAUACAUGUGUCCUUGCAGCUGGCGGAUCAAACCACAAUCAUACCUGAAGGAAUAGUGGAAGAUAUCCUAGUUCGAGUGGAUAAAUUUAUGUUCCCUAUGGACUUUAUCACAGUGAACAUGGAGGAGAAUAUAGAGGUCCCUCUGACUUUAGGAAGACCCUUCUUAGCUACUGGCAGAACAAUUCUGGAUAUUCAGGAAAGGAAGCUCAUGCUCAGAGUGGGGGAAGAAAAGGUGAACUUCCAGAUAAAAGGAUCAAUGGGGCCCUAA